AUGUUCAGAAAUUUGAUCAAGAUGGCUACCGAGACUGCAUCAAAGCGACUGAAAACCGAUCCCGUUCGCAUUGGCACCCACAAUGGUCAUUUUCAUGCCGAUGAGGCAUUGGCUGUCUACUUGCUGCGACUCCUUCCAGACUAUGCCUCCGCAUCCUUGGUCAGAACACGAGAUCAAUCCCUGCUUGAUACGUGCCAUACAGUGGUAGAUGUCGGUGGUGAGUAUGAUUCUUCCAAGAACCGAUACGAUCAUCACCAAAGAACCUUCAACACUUUCUUCCCCGAACACGAAACCAAAUUGUCGUCAGCCGGCCUUGUUUACAUGCAUUUCGGCAAAGCCAUCAUCUCACAAUACACCAAAUUGCCUCUCGACCACCCAGACGUCGAACUUCUCUACCAAAAACUAUACGACGACUUCGUUGAGGCAGUGGACGCCAAUGACAAUGGUGUUUCGCAGUAUGACGAUGUAAAGUUGAGACAAGCUGGAAUUGAAAAGAGGUUCAAAGCUGGAGGUAUCACACUUGCAAGCUUGGUGAAUGACCUGAAUCACGAAGAUCCCUUGGCCGUGGGCGCGCCAUCGAAAGACACCCCCGAACAACCACAGGCAGAGGAGGAUCACCGAUUUUCGCAAGCCUCGACACUGAUGGGCAAUGCUUUCCUGCGCAAGCUCCAUGGUGCCGCCACCGCCUGGCUUCCAGCCAGAACCAUUGUCAAGGACGCAUUUGAGGCGCGACAGAGUGCUCACCCUUCGGGCCAAUUAGUGGUACUUCCUCGAGCAGGGAUCCCCUGGAAAGAACAUCUCUACAAUAUUGAGGCGGAGUCAGGUCUACCUCAAGAUAAGCAGAUUCUCUUCGUCAUCUACCCUGAAAAGGAAGAGCCGGGCUCCAAGUGGAGGAUUCAAGCCGUCAGCAAAGACAUGUCGAGCUUUGAAAACCGAAAGAGCUUACCAGAGCCAUGGAGGGGCGUGAGAGACGCUGAGCUGGAUGCUCUCCUCGGCAGUGAUGUCGAAGACGGCGCUGUGUUUGUUCACGCGAGCGGCUUCAUCGGUGGUCACAAAACAGAGGCUGGUGUUCGGGCAAUGGCAGCAUUGGCACUCGCGUCAUGA